CGUUGAACACAUCAUGGAGAAGUUCUCAAAUUGGAGAGAUAAGGGUACCGGGAUUUCUCCCUUUAUGCCCGUAGACUCCCAACCUUUAGGGAUCGCAGGAAGAGCACUUCAAUUACUUUUGGUGGUAGCUAAACUCCCCAUAUUCGUAGUCGUUUACCUUGGGUAUCUCACCAUCUGUCCAUUUGCCUCGGUAGCUAAUUUCCUUGUAGUGACCCUCUUUGGAUUCAGGAAAGUUGAAGUGACCGCAGAUGGAGUCAAGAAAUCCAGAUCGAAAGAGGUAGACGCUCAAAGACCAGGACCAAAUGACGUGGUGGUGGUCAAUUAUGUUUCCCCCAUUGAUCCCUUGAUUUUGGCCAGUAUUGCCAAAGUUUCUUGGAGAAAUAUUUAUUUUUUGAUCCCUGAUAACAGUGGAGAUCUCUAUGAAUACUCUGCCUGGGGUGCUGCCAAACAGGCCUUGUCUCCAAGUGCUGAAAAUGCCCUCCUGUCUACAGAAAAGGUUACUGAUUUGUCUCGUUAUUCUUCUAAACUUGUCUACAUCUUUGCCGAGGGAACUACAUCCAACAACAGAUCUAUUCUCCCCUUCAUGGGGGUUCCAGCAAUCGAGGGGCUUUCCCAUGGGAAUAACAAGUUCACCUUCAAAACUGUACUGUUGAAGAUUUCUCCAAAUAGUUUCACCACCCCCUUACCAUUACAUUCACUCAGUGGCUACUUAUUCUCUUUAUUAGCCAACAUUAGCGGCAAAAGCGGAGUCAGAGCCAAGAUCUUCACCCAUCAGAAUGGAAUCGACUUGGUCGCUUCUAAACGUUCAUUCGAACUGAACCAAUUGACGUCCGUGGGGAAUGAAUUGGAUAUUCUUCUGAAGGAAGCGUUCCAUUCACAAUAUCUCAAAGUAAAGAAAUAAAAAUAUUAGUUUAGAAAUAUUAAAAGUAGCAUGUACAUCCUCAGA